UUCCGGGUCGCGCCGCCGCGACUUCCGGUGGCGCGGAAACAUGGCCGACGGGCCGAGCGGGCGAGAAGGAGAAAGCGGCGAGGCGGGAUCGUCGUCGCUGCUGCCGCUCCCCUCCGAGCUGGAGCGGUUCCUGCAGGGGCACCCGAGCUUGCGAGUCCUCCCUCCGGGGAAAAAGAUCCGCUGCACGUUGACUGGCCAUGAGCUACCUUGCCGCUUGCCCGAACUCCAAGCUUUUACAGCCGGGAAGAAAUACCUGCGUAUGAGCAAGACCUCCGCGGUUUUGGACUACAGCGAGUACGAACCUCACAUCGUGCCGAGCACCAAAAACCCGAAUCAGCUAUUCUGCAAACUCACCCUGCGUCAUCUCAAUAAGAUCCCGGAGCAUCUUCUCCGCCACGUCCGAGGCCGGCGUUAUCAGAAGGCGCUUCGACGAUAUGAAGAAUGUCAGAAAGAAGGGCUGGAAUACGUCCCGGCUUGUCUCUUGCAGAAACGGCGACGGCGACAGAAAGAAACGGACAACGGUCUUUGCGAAAGGAGAGCGAAGCCCAGGGGAGCAUUCUGGGAACCUUCCGCCAGCGACGAAGGGGGCAAUGAAACUGACGACAGCCUGAGUGAUUUGUACCCAGCUGAGCUGUUCCCAAGGAAAAACGCCACAGGCAAGGAGACCCACGACGAACCUAUGAGCGACAGCGACGAAGAGACUGCGAGGCCAGUGGUGGCAAAUGGCAGCCGGGCCGAAACGAUGGAGGUCGAUUCACAGCCAGCCACGAAAAGGAGAAAGAAACAAGUCGGCCCUCACAAGAAGAAAUUUAAGAAGUGGAACAGAAAAUCUAAAAAGCUUCGGAAGAGCAAUUAACAGGAACCGAGUCUUUCUGUUGGAUCAAGCCGCAGUUUGUUUAGUGUGGCGAGAAGACUAUCCUCAGAACUCAAACAUCUUGCAUUUUAUUUAACUA